GGCCCCGGCUCCAAACCCAGCCGAGGGUCGGCUCGCUCCUGGGGAUCCGCGGAUGUCGCGAGGGGGCGCCGCGCCACUGAAGGCUGGGACGGGGGCGGUGCGCGGGGCGGCGCCGGAGUCCGGGAUGCCGGCUCCAGAGACGCCGCGCUCCGCCCCGAGGAGGCCGCCGGCCGGGUAAGCGGAGCCCGGAGCUCGCGGAGUCUGGACCGCAGGUCGAAGCCGCUGGUCUCAGCUGUGAUUUCACCGGUUCCCUGAAAGAGAAUCCCCUGUACCUUCACAGAGCCAGAUGGGCUCUGUGUGUCUUGGAGCAACCUUCAGCACUCAUCCAGGCUGGUCAAGCCUCUGUCUUAUCACCUCCUGCUCGCAGAAUCUGAAGGUCAGCCCGAGGAGGCACUUCAGGGACUUCUCGGGUUUUUCCCGGCAUGUGCGCAGCCGAGGCAUGUGCGUGGCAUUCCAGAUUCCCGGGAACUCUUAGAACUUUAUCGAGCCCUUAUUUCCGAAAUCAUCUCAUUCCCCAGCCUUUCGUCCCCAGCUUUUUGUUUAGCCUGUGGCGGCAACCAUAAUCCAUUGCCUCAGGCCGCAAUGGCUAAAACACUUUCCUAUCAAUGUUUUUGACACACACUCCCCAAGUGGCUGCCUUUGCACAGACGGAGUUCCAAGACACCGGAGAUGAAGGCAGGAGUUUGAGCCAGUCUUCCACGGAGCCAAAGUAAUUACGAUUCCUAGUCAAAGAGUCCUGUAGCUUCUCCUUCCAGUGCUGGUACCGGGAAUGCAGGCUGUUGCUGUCCCCGCAGAGCUGGGGAGCGACAGAGCUUAUUAUUGUGACGAAGACUCAGCUGUUCUUUCUCAGUGCCCCACGGUUGGUGCAAGCUUUUGGUUAGUUUCCAGAGUUCCAAAAAAGUUGACUCUUGACAGUUUUCACCAGGUUUUCCAUUGUGUUAAGGUAGGGAUGGACUUCUGGAGCUCCUUAUUCCGCAGUUUCUCCGCCUCACAGAAUGCUGAGUAGGGCCAGGAAUGCCGUUUUCCAGCAGGUCCCCUGGCUGAAUCUGACGUGGCUGGUCCGCGGGACACACCGUGAGAAACUAAGCUAGGACUGCGUCUCUCCCUCCAGACAUCACGGCGUCCUCACCGGUCGGUGGGGUCCGCCCUGAAACAUCUGGCUCUUUGGAGUUUGCGUCGAUUUGUGAAAGCUCCGUUCGACCCCGUGUUCCAAGCCCCCUAGUGAGCCGGGCAGGAGCCCCUCGGUCCGGUCCGGCCCUGCGCAUGGAGCCAUGGCCCUGCUCCCCGGGCGGCGGCGGCGGCGGCGGCGGCGGGACCCGCGCCCGGCACGUCAUCAUCAACGUGGGCGGCUGCCGCGUGCGCCUGGCAUGGGCCGCGCUGGCGCGAUGCCCCCUCGCGCGCCUGGAGCGCCUGCGCGCCUGCCGCGGCCACGACGACCUGCUGCGCGUGUGCGACGACUACGACGUGAGCCGCGACGAGUUCUUCUUCGACCGCAGCCCGUGCGCCUUCCGCGCCAUCGUAGCGCUUUUGCGCGCAGGGAAGCUGCGACUGCUGCGGGGCCCGUGCGCGCUGGCCUUCCGCGACGAGCUGGCCUACUGGGGCAUCGACGAGGCGCGCCUGGAGCGCUGCUGCCUGCGCCGCCUGCGCCGCCGCGAGGAGGAGGCGGCCGAGGCCCGCGCGGGGCCGACGGAGCGCGGGGCGCAGGGGAGCCCGGCGCGCGCCCUGGGACCUCGGGGGCGGCUGCAGCGCGGCCGGCGGCGCCUGCGCGACGUGGUGGACAACCCGCACUCGGGGCUGGCGGGCAAGCUCUUCGCCUGCGUGUCCGUGUCCUUCGUGGCCGUCACGGCCGUGGGCCUCUGCCUGAGCACCAUGCCGGACAUCCGCGCCGAGGAGGAGCGGGGCGAGUGCUCCCCCAAGUGCCGCAGCCUGUUCGUGCUGGAGACCGUGUGCGUGGCCUGGUUCUCCUUCGAGUUCCUGCUGCGCUCCCUGCAGGCCGAGAGCAAGUGCGCCUUCCUGCGCGCGCCGCUCAACAUCAUCGACAUCCUGGCGCUCCUGCCGUUCUACGUGUCGCUGCUACUGGGGCUGGCGGCAGGCCCGGGCGGGACCAAGCUCCUGGAGCGCGCGGGGCUGGUGCUGCGGCUGCUGCGUGCGCUGCGCGUGCUCUACGUGAUGCGCCUGGCGCGCCACUCGCUGGGGCUGCGCUCGCUGGGCCUGACCGUGCGCCGCUGUGCGCGCGAGUUCGGGCUGCUGCUGCUGUUCCUCUGCGUGGCCAUGGCGCUCUUCGCGCCACUGGUGCACCUGGCCGAGCGCGAGCUGGGCGCGCGCCGCGACUUCUCCAGCGUGCCCGCCAGCUACUGGUGGGCCGUCAUCUCCAUGACCACCGUGGGCUACGGCGACAUGGUCCCGCGCAGCCUGCCCGGGCAGGUGGUGGCGCUCAGCAGCAUCCUCAGCGGCAUCCUGCUCAUGGCCUUCCCGGUCACCUCCAUCUUCCACACCUUUUCGCGCUCCUACUCCGAGCUCAAGGAGCAGCAGCAGCGCGCGGCCAGCCCCGAGCCGGCCCUGCAGGAGGACAGCACGCACUCGGCCACGGCCACCGAGGACAGCUCGCAGGGCCCCGACAGCGCGGGCCUGGCCGACGACUCCGCGGACGCGCUGUGGGUGCGGGCAGGGCGCUGACGCCUGCGCCGCCCGCACGGAGACCCCCUGCCCCCUCCAGCUGCAGCGUCGGGACCCCCGAAGUGCGCCAAGGGGUGGGGGGC